AUGCUCAACAUGUACCCGAGGCUCCAGCUCCAGGCGAGCUCCGUCGACGACGGCGAGGACGAGAACGUGGACGACGACGGCUACAGCGCCUUCUACGGCUACGGCAUCGCCGUGGUGUGCGUGACCAUCUUCGUGUUCUGCGUGCUCGUCUCCACCGUCGUCAGCGUCUGGAAGGCGUGCGCCUUCGCCAUCCUGGCCGCGCUGCUGCUCGGCGCCGCCGGCUGCUACGUGCCCAGGCGGUGGUUCCGCCGGAGCGGUCGGAGGGGCGCGGGCGCGGAGCUGGUCGUCGUCACGGUCGCGGCGGCGGGCGCCGUGCGGCCGGGCUACCCGUGUGGCGCUCAGGUGAAGGACGCGCCGUCGGCGUUCGCGUUCCAGUGCCCGGUCGAGGCGGGCGGCGGCGGGGGUGAGGCGGCGUCCGCGAGCUGCGUGGUGUGCUCGGUGUGCCUGGAGGACGUGCGCGGCGGCGAGAUGGUGCGGCAGGUGCCGGCGUGCAGGCACGUUUUCCACGUAGGGUGCAUCGACAUGUGGCUGCACUCGCACCGGACGUGCCCGAUGUGCCGCUGCGAGGUCUCGCCGGUGGCUAAGGUGACGACACCGAAAGACGCUGCGGCCGAGGAGGUGGCGCUGGAGUCGUCUGAUGAUCAUGAAUUGCCGCCGGUGUAA